AUGUCUAUCAAGCGAGAAGAGUCCUUUACUCCCACCCCCGAGGACCUGGGAUCUCCCCUGACAGCUGAUUCUCCUGGCUCUCCCGAGUCUGGAGACAAGCGAAAGAAGGAUCUCACUCUGCCCCUUCCUGCUGGUGCUCUUCCCCCUCGAAAGAGAGCUAAGACAGAGAACGAAAAGGAGCAGAGACGCAUCGAGCGGAUCAUGCGAAACCGGCAGGCGGCACAUGCGUCUCGAGAGAAGAAGCGACGACAUUUGGAGGACCUGGAGAAGAAGUGCUCGGAGUUGUCGUCCGAAAACAACGAUCUACACCACCAGGUGACUGAGUCCAAGAAGACCAACAUGCACCUCAUGGAACAACACUACUCGCUGGUGGCCAAGCUGCAGCAGCUCUCGUCGCUCGUCAACAUGGCCAAGUCUUCCGGAGCUUUGGCCGGCGUUGAUGUCCCCGACAUGAGCGAUGUGUCUAUGGCCCCCAAGUUGGAGAUGCCCACCGCGGCUCCUUCCCAGCCCAUGGGUCUCGCCAGCGCGCCCACCCUCUUCAACCACGAUAAUGAGACCGUCGUCCCCGACUCUCCUAUUGUGAAGACCGAGGAAGUCGACUCUACAAACUUUCUCCUCCACACGGAGUCCUCCUCCCCCCCCGAACUAGCUGAGAGCACUGGCUCAGGCUCGCCAUCGUCGACUCUGUCCUGCGACGAAACUGAUUAUCUUGUGGACCGGGCGCGUCAUCCAGCAGUGAUGACUGUCGCAACUACUGACCAGCAGCGUCGGCACAAGAUUUCAUUUUCAUCAAGGACGAGCCCGUUGACGACGAGCUUGGACUGCAUGGACUGUCGGAUGACUUCACCCUGUUUGAAGACAACAAGCAGCCUGCCCAGCACGACUUUAUUGCUGAUCUAG